AUGGGUCCACACGUUAUUUCUCAUAAUUUAAUUUCACCAUCUAUGUUGCCAGUACGUGAGGUUUGGGCAAUGAAUUUAGAUUCAGAAAUGGCGUAUUUAAGAGAACUUGUUGAAUGUUAUAAUUGUUUAGCAAUGGUAUGUGUUUUUCUGGAAAAAUGGCUUUUUUUUAUUUUUGAGAGUAUUGAAUUUCCUGGAGUGGUUGCAAGACCUAUUGGAUCUUUUGAAACAGGCUCAGAUUAUUAUUAUCAGACGCUCCGGUGCAAUGUAGACUUGCUUAAGAUUGUUCAGCUUGGCAUUACUUUUGCUGAUGCUUCUGGAAAUUUUCCUCCAGAUGCGUGUACAUGGCAGUUUAAUUUUAAAUUUAGUCUCAAUGAUGAUAUGUAUUCUCAGGACUUUAUUGAGCUUCUGCAAAAAAAUGGUGUAGAUUUAAAGCGGCAUGAAGAAUAUGGAAUAGACACAAGUUAUUUUGGUGAGUUGCUUAUUUCUUCGGGGUUUGUUUUAUUGGAUGGGGUAAAAUGGACUUCUUUUCAUAGUAGCUAUGAUUUUGGUUAUUUGCUUAAAAUAAUGAUCUGUGAUUGUCUUCCGGUUGAAGAAGAUGAGUUUUAUGAGCUCAUCCGUAUUUUUUUCCCUAGAUUAUAUGAUAUUAAAUAUAUUAUAAAAUUUACAAAUAAUCUAGAAGGAGGUUUACACGAUGUUGCGGAUGAUUUGCAAGUUUCUCGUACAGGUCUUGGUCAUCAAGCAGGUCCAAAAUCUUUUCUUGUUUCACGGGUCUUUUCUGAACUAAGAAAAAAUUUUUUUAAAGAUACUUUAGAUGAUACGAAAUAUGUAGGAUAUCUUUAUGGACUGGAAAAUUCUAAUCAAGAAAAAGCUCCAGAUGAUGUAGAAACGAGUUCUAGUCCUACUACAAAUAAUUUCAUAUCAGGUUCUCAUAUUAAUAAUAAAGUUUUUUAG